UAUAUUCGAAAUUUUUGUGACAUAUUAUUAUUUAUCUGAACUUAUUUUAUAAAUAAUUUUCUACCUCUUUUCGGUCUACAUGACACUAUCUUGUGUGUCCAGUGCACGUUGACAAAGCUACUGUCACGUAGGCUGAAAAGGAGUAAAAAGAUAUUUAUUGUAAAAUAAGUUCAGGAAAUAAUAAAAUCGUUGUUUAGUAUAAGUGUGUCUCUGAAACUUCGAGCAAAGAUUAGAGGUACUUAUGCGUUUUUUCUUUUAAUUUAUUUUAUAUAUAUAGUUUCAUUAUUACCUCUUCCUCUAACUACCAGUACUACUCUUAAUUAAUUGACUACUACUUGCUAUUCAAUUAAGUUAUUACUGAUCAAAAGAAUCAUCUCAAAAUAUGUCUGGGAGAAGGUCAAGGACGCAGUCAUCAGAAGGAGGCACCUCCAGGAUUUCAGAUGAUCAGAUCAUACAACUCGUCUCCAAAUUGCAGCAACUUCUUCCUGAAAUUCGUAAUCGUCGCUCCAACAAGAAAUCGACAAUGAAUUUACGAAUCGAUCCGUCGCAGGCAUCAGCAUCUAAGGUGCUUCAAGAAACAUGCAAUUACAUUAGGAAUUUGCAUAAAGAGGUGGAUGAUCUUAGUGAUCGACUUUCUCAAUUAUUAUCAACCAUUGAUGCUGAUAGUCCAGAAGCUGCAAUUAUUCGUAGUUUAAUUAUGUAAUUUUCAAUCAUUUAUUUAUAUAUAAUUAUAAUUACUAUAUUAUAUAUAUUUGGAUGCACUAAUUAAUCUACUAAAUAUAUACAUAUAUAGUUCUGUAUUUCUUCUUAAUUCGAUCUCUAGAUUUUGGUCAAUAUUAAUUAGCUAGGCCAAUCUCAUAAUUAAUGGUGUGCUUGUAUUGAUGUUUACAAAUUUUAAUUAUGGAAUUUGCUCAACACUGUAAUUCCCCUGUACUAAAACAUUUAUUAUUUGUUUUUA